CUAAGUGCCGGGCAUUGGCCACUGCAGGCAGCCGAAGGGUCAGGAAACCCGGGAGAAGUGAUGCCCGGUAAACAGUCACAAGAAGCACAAGUGGAUGUGGGGGCCACCGAGGACGGGGCUCCGGAGGCACUGGGGAGCCUCACAGAGGAGGAGCUUCGGCAAGGCCAGGAGGCCGCACUGGCCCUGGAGGACAUGAUGGCACUGAGUGCCCAGACCCUUGUCCAGGCCGAAGUGGAUGAACUGUACCAGGGGGUGCGUCCCCUGGGCCAGGGCCGCUUUGGUCGGGUCCUGCUGGUCACUCACCGUCAGAAAGGCACACCCAUGGCACUCAAGCAACUCCCGAAGGCCUCCACCUCCCUCCGCGGCUUCCUGUACGAGUUCUGCGUGGGCCUCUCACUGGGCACGCAUUCGGCUAUCGUGGCCUCCUACGGCAUCGGCAUCGAGUCGGCUGACUCCUAUAGCUUCCUGACGGAGCCCAUUCUGCAUGGCGACCUCAUCGCCUUCAUCCAGCCCAAGGUGGGCCUCCCGCAGGCGGCCGCCCAGCGCUGCGCGGCGCAGCUGGCCUCGGCCCUGGGGCACGUCCACGCGCGCGGCCUGGUGUACCGGGACCUGAAGCCGGAGAACGUGCUGGUGUGCGACCCCGCCUGCCAACGCGUCAAGCUGACCGACUUCGGCCACACGCGGCCCCGAGGGACCCUGCUGCGCCUGGCGGGGCCGCCCAUCCCCUACACGGCGCCCGAGCUCUGCGCCCCGCCGCCCCUCCCGGCGGGCCUGCCCAUCCAGCCGGCCCUGGACGCCUGGGCCCUGGGCGUCCUGCUCUUCUGCCUCCUGACGGGCUACUUCCCCUGGGACCAGCCCCUGGAGGAGGCCGACCCCUUCUACGGGGACUUCCUCAGCUGGCAGGCCUCGGGCGAGCCCCAGGACCGGCCGCAGCCCUGGUUCGGCCUGACGCCCGUGGCUGAUGCCCUGCUCUGGGGGCUGCUGGACCCGCACCCGCGAAAGAGGCAGCCCGUGAGCUCGGUCAGGGGCUACCUGGGGCGGCCCUGGAGAGAGCAGGAGGGGGCUGGGGAGGAGGCGGUGUGCGGGGGCGAGGGGGGUGGAAACGCAGCAGACUGA